AUGAAAUCGCUCCGAUGGGCCGUCUCUCUUUCCGAGGUUUCCUUUUUUGUCAAUGAAGUUUUGUUCGCGAGUUUGCUGGUGAUUUUGAGGGACUUUUAUUUGAUUUCGAGGCUCUUUUUCAUUUUUAGUGUGUUAGGUUGAAAGGUGAAAAUUAAAGCUGUGAUUUUUUUCGGAAUUCAUAAGUUUUUUUGAAGCUUAGAAAAAAACUCGAAAAAAAUGUUUUUGAAAAAAACUUGAAAACGUUAUUCUCAUACUACCAAUUCGUGAAUAAGCUGAAUAUUUCCCAAAUUUUAAUUUUAUGCCGUUUUCUAAGUGAUUCCAAGGAAAUUUUCACUGUCUUUUUGAAAUUUAGUCAUUUUUUUCAUUCUCUAAUGGUUAAAUUAGGUUAUCUCGAAAGAAUGCUUUGAAAAAUAGAAUCCAUUUUUUUCUUAAAAAAAUAUUCUAAUUUUUAAAUUUUUCGUUUUCAUUAGAUUUUUUUAGACCAUUGAAGAUUAAUUGUAUUGAUAAAACUUGAAAUAAUCUUAAAAUUACUGUCUGAAACUUUAAAAAUUUCAAUAAUCUUAUGGAAGGUCAUUUAGUGCUGAAGGUCAAGCUUCAAUGAUUCCCUAAAAUAAUUUCAGUGAAAUGCUCGAAAGACCUUUUUCGUGGCUUUUUGGAAACCUCAACCUCUCCAGUUUUUCCUAUCUUUUUAUAAGCCAGAGGUCACUCCGAAGGUUCCAGUGCGCCUCGAACAAAAACUUCGAGGAGUUGCUCCGUCGAUCUUUCCUCUGCGUAACCGAAGAUGACGUCGCCCAACAGCACGAGUUCCACUACCGCGAUGACAGCCUCGCCUGCCUGGUGGGACGUCUUCUCGCCCGGUUUCCUCCCGCCACGUCUCCCGAUCAGCAACGAAGGCGUUCAGAUGCGCGGCGGCGACGUCGCUCUCUCUUAAUUGGUCGCAAGUCGGUUUCGGUCGGACCAGCCGCGGCAAACCUUUCGUCGCCUCCCAUCCCGACGGCUAUCACUUCAAUGUCUCCCAUCAGGGCGAUUUCGUCGUUUUGGCCUCGUCGAGCUGUCCUGUUGGUUGGUUUACAAUGGAGAAGAGAUUUUCUUGAAGACAAAGAUAAAGAUUUUUGAUAAAGAAGUUUUAAAAAUACCCAAAUGUUCUUAGAAUAAUGGUCUUGACAGGAAAAAAAUAGUUGGAAAUGAAAAACUUGAACAGUUAUACUUUUUUUUGGGUUCAAAAUCGACUAAUUAUAGGCGUAGAUGUGAUGAAAGUGGACGAGAGUCGCUGUUCGUCGGCCUCGGCUCAAAUCCAAAGACUAGAGAGACAAUUCACGGCGUUGGAAUUGAGAACGGUGCGGAAUCCGGCGAAUAAUUCGUUACGGUAGAAGUUCAUUCAUUUUGAAAAAAAGGCGUGAAAGAAAAAUGAAAAGCCUUAGUUAAGUAAUGGAAAAAAAGCUUUUUCAUUCUAUGAUUCUAUACUAUGGGCUAUGUCGCAGCGAAGAAAGCGAUGUCGCGAGCGAUAUCGCGUUUCUGCGAUCCUGCGACAUCGCGAUAUCGCUUUUUGAAUCAUUUUUUUUUCUUUGAGUUUGAUUAUUUCACGAUAAAAGUCAAAAAUACAGCGGAAAAUUUUUUUGAAUAGCAAACUCAAGAGAAAUAGCGAUAUCGCGGUGAAACUUUAGCAAUGUCGCAGCCUUUUGCUGUGUCGCCUGGUUGAGUCAACUAUGUUAAGUGUUAUCUUGGGGUACCCAUGAAGUUUUCUUUUUGGCUUUUUUCAUUUUUAAAAGCUCUCACCUUUUCCGAUUUGAGAUGGAGAGCAUUCUACCGGAUCUGGUGUCUGAAGGAAUCCGUCCUGAAAGCGACUGGAAUCGGAUUGGCCACAAAUCUCCGCGACUACGAGUUCGUGGUCGAUCGACAAACUCAUGAGCCUGGUAGAUUUUCGGUUUUCUCAAUUGAAAAAUGUUGAAAGAUAGUUUUUUAGCCUGCAAAGUUCUCAUUAGAAUGUUUAGCUUCCGUUUUUUCUGGCUGUUUUUAAGCCCACUCCGCGCCAGCUUGUCCUGUUUUUAAGUACCGUAUGGCCCCAAUUCGAACACAUUUCGCUUCGAGACCUUUUCGCUGUUUUUUGAAGUUUCUCAGAGAAAAAUCGCUUUUUUUUCGUUUGUCCUCUAAAACGUGACCGUCUCAACGCACUAUGUUAUAUAUAGUGAAUUUUACCCGCAAGAAAAAUUCGUAACCUGAGCAAUACUGUAGCAACAUGAAAAGAUUAGUUUAACGUUUUUGGCGGAAGAUUUGAAUGCCAACAAUGUAUUUGUUUAAUUGACGUUCGCUCAUCUUCUGUUGACUUACUUUCUUUUUUGAUAAUAUCAUUUUUUGUUUGCAAUUUCAUAUUUCUCGGGACAGCUAUAACAAAUGAACUUUUUUCGAAUGUUGUACUUUUUUUUGCAGGCUGCUUCAUCACUUCGACCAAGUUCCUGAUGGAGAAAGAGCUUCAAGAAGAUUUCAUUUUCGAGGAGUCUUUCGUUGAUCAGCAUCACUGUGUUGCUGUCGCCACGUCAGUUUUGGUUUUUUCAUUAUAAAUAUCGUUUUACUCCUUGGAGAUAAUGUUUUUGAAUUUGUGUCAUUUUGGGUUUUAUUUCUGUUCAAAAUCAUCAAAGUUGCAAUUUUCAAAAAUGUAUGAAUCGAUAUUCAGACGGCCUAGUAUAUUUUUCUCAUGCCGCUUUCAAAGUGAUUUUUAGCGAUUUUUAAAAUGACGAUUUCUUUAAAAUUAAAUUGGGUCCCGCAACGGUAUAUCACGGCAUUAAUUUUUGUGGUGGCUUUCACGCGCGAUUUUAGACUUUCCGUUAACAAAUGCCAAAAUAAUUACAAUGUUUGAAGUUUUGCGCGGGAAAUUAGCUCUCCAUUUCGUUGUAAGACCUAAUAUUCCAGUUUUGCGCAUUUUGCAAAAUCAUUUCAGACGAAUAACGCGCUAAUCUUGGACUCACGAAAUCACUCAGGACAUUUUGACAUUUUUCAAGAGUUAUGUUUCAAAAAUCAAAGCCCUUUCCAGAAAUGGAUCCGUUCCUCCAAUAGGCAACGAGUUCCAACGAAUAUCUCUGGAUUUUCUACUGAAAGACGCCGAAUUCAUCAACAUUUCGCCGGAUCUGAACGACAUGGACGAGUUGGACUCCUUCCUCGCCAAACCAAAUAAACAUUUCUAG